UCGGUGGAGCGCUAGUCCUUUCCCGUCCAUCGACGUGGCCGCACCGGUGUGUCCUCGUGCAGCCACGAUCGUAUCGUUUAUCGAUACGCACACAUUGUUUUUCGUCGUUUCGUCUAAUUAAUCAAGAUAAAAGUACAGAAAAAUCGGCAUUUUAAAACGUUCUUUGACGAUCUUUCCGAGCGGAUCGUUGUGGUGGAAAAGAAAAUAUUCAAUAAAUAUUUAUCGCGCUUGUGCUGUCGUCAUCGAUUUCGAAACGAUCGUUUUUUCGUGGCUUCCUGCUAUUCAACCGGUUGAGCGCUAUCGGCUCAAAAGUCCGCUGAUCAACGAGCGGAUUUUCGUGCAACACGCGAGUUCUGAAAUCACGUCGAUCGGUCUGCACUUUCUGACGCCACGUGACACCUCUGAAUCGUCAGAUCUCACGAUAACAGUGAUCGCAUAUUUGUGGAAUCGCCAGCAAUCGGUGCCAUUCGAAGAGAAACUUCGACGAUUCGUAUCUCCAUCGACAUGGUGUUGUUUAUCGUGCUUUAGCGAACUUACAGCCGAGCCUCUUCUCCUCAACCGAGUUUCCUUACGUUUUUCUUUUUUUCAAUCUUCGUUUCUAUUUUUUUGUUGUUUUUAUACGUUGAGUGUGACGUCAGACCUGUGUUAACAUUCGACUCUGCUGGGAUAAAUAAUCUUUUACAAGAUGAACCAACAGUGCAAGGUUUGCGGGGAGCCCGCAGCCGGUUUCCACUUCGGGGCGUUCACGUGCGAAGGCUGCAAGUCUUUCUUCGGACGGACGUACAACAAUUUGGGGAGCAUAUCGGAGUGCAAAAACGGUGGUGUCUGCGUGAUAAACAAGAAAAAUCGAACGGCGUGCAAAGCGUGCCGUUUGCGCAAGUGUCUGAUGGUCGGAAUGUCGAAAUCGGGUUCGAGAUACGGGCGGAGAUCGAAUUGGUUCAAGAUACAUUGUUUGCUACAGGAGCAGUCGAACGGUAGUCAGGGCGGGGGUGGCCCCGGUGGGCCUUUCGGGACGGGUUUCCUGCCGGGCUUUUUGCCCCCUUCUCAAUCCCAUUCCCACCAAGGAUCGGGUAUCUACGGUGUUAAAGAGGGCAAAGACCGGGCUUCCCCGAGCCAGGAGGACCUGGCGUUACAGUCGCAUCUCCUCCACGUUGCGAUACUGAAGCAGGAGCGUGAGCGGGGCAAUAAAUCGCCACAUCCGGACGACGUUGCUCUUCAAAAUCAAUUGCGGCUGUUGGCCUGGCAGAAGGAGCGAGAGAGGGCGAGUCAGCAGCCUCCGGGUACGCCGCCUCGCGACGGAUCACCGCCCUUCGCUUACAAGCAUCCGCCCUCGACGUCCCCGAUGUUCCCGGUUAACUUUGCCCAGGAGAAGAUGGCCCUCGCCUCCAGCCCGCCCGAAGUCUUCCGGCCGUUUUUGCCAGCGUACAAAAGGACCGCCGACACGCCGAGCGACAGCGGCGCCUCCUCGGUCGACGGCGCCGAGCACGACGAGUCCCGGAGCAACUCGGCGCUGAGCUACUUCAAGGCCAGCGCUUCGCCGACCCUCUCAGAGCGGGAGUUCCCACCGAGGAAAAUCAACGCCACGGUCACCCUGACCACGAGUUAUCACCCCCACCACGGCCUCGGCCUCAUCUACCCGCCUCCGGGUCUCGUCACCCCCGCAGCUUCGCAGCACUCGCCACGAGGUGGCGACCUCCUCCUCGUCAGUCCCAGCCCGGGCGGCUUGGCCAUCGAGCAGGACGAGCCGAUCGACCUCAGCGUCAGAUCGACCCGGAACUCCCCCAGGCCGAGCAGAACCGACGACGUCGCUAGCUCUCCCUCGCCGAUCGACACCGAUCGGGACACCACCAAGAACCAGGAAACCACCACGAAGAGUAAGCCCCUCGAUCUUACCCUCGGCGUCAAGAGGCCCGCAGAACUUCCGCUUUCGCUCUAAUCCCCCGCCUCCCCCGCCCCGGAGCAUCCGCAAUCACCCGGAUUCGUAUAUCAUCCAAAAACCGUCAAUUCUCAACGCGUGCGUUUUUAUUCACGGUUUUAACGCCUUAACCUUGUCCCGGCCUUGGGACAAAUGCCGACACGAUAUUGAUAAACGUGUCCCACCAAUUAACGUUUGCCCCAGUGGGCAACAACUCGCCGAGAUAAGGGGCCCGAAAGAAAUGUGUUCAACCUGUAAAUAUCCCCUAACGGAGAAUUCAUCGCGAAACCAAUUUAUUUAUUAUUGCGAAACUAGGUAGACGAAAAGUUUUAUUUUGUACAUGUGCUCCUCUGUUAUUAAGCAUUAUUAUUAUUAUUAUUAUUAUUAUUAUUAUUAUUAUUAUUGAUUUUUUUCACUUUUUCAUUAUUCGAGAGAGUUCAUUGUUUAUGUAUAUUGCAGCGUGGAUCGAUAUUAUAUUAAAAUGUAUGAUUAUAUAUAAAGGAGUCGUGAAUAACGAGGCCAGUAGUAAAGUGCCUUUAUAUACAUCUAUAAAUAUGCAUAUAUUUAUACAAUAUGUGUGUGUAUUAUAUUUAUGAAAACAACCACAACAACAAACAAUCGAUUAACGUGUAAGAGUAAAAAAUAAUGUUUUUCAAAAUUGGCCCUCGGAUGAACCGAGCCCGAUUUUAGGCUGCUCUGUUAAGACAAUCUCUAGCCAGUAAACCACACGGAGAGACUUUUGUAGCAAAAAUUACUAGGUUUUUAUAGUAACGUCGGACCACAUCGAUAUUGUAAUAAUAAUCGCUACAGAGUGUGUCAAAUAAUGCAAAAGUUUG